CAUAACUAUCCACCUGCCAUUUAGUCAACUCAUCCUUUCUCUCCAUCCAUCCCCGCCCAUUACCUACGUUACAGAGUACACAAUUCUUUUCUUUUCUUUUCUUUCUUCUUUGCAAGAUUAUCCCCUCCACAAUAAUAAUAGUCUUACCCCUUUCUCAGCAGCCUCCUCCUUUUCCUCCUCGGCCCGAACCCGUGUCCCUUCUCUCAUACAGUCAGAGACGGUCCUCUAAACCCGCCUACCGCCCCGGCCCGUCUCCCACCAACAUCGUCAUCGCCCAUUCUCGAGCGCUGUUGGUGGUGACAGUAUCAUGUCUUCAAACCCACCAACCAUCUCGACCUCCUCAAAAGCAGCCGCACCUUCAGGGCAACCCUCUCCAGCCCAGGCACAACCAUACUCAAUCGCCACAGGGGAUAGCUACGGACAGCGCCGAGGUGGAGGUAGCAGCUUCGGAGCGGGGGCUUCGUCACGAUCUUCAUCCUUCCCCCGCAACAACCAGCUGGCCAAGAGGCAGCAUAAGGGCUCCAGGCGUGCAUUUCGUCAGGCGGAUGAGGAUGCUAUUGCAGAGUCGCUCGCCAUGCGUCCCUUCAACAGUAGAAAGGGCCAGACCUCCAUCACCCAUCUCAUGAACUUCCAGCUUCCCCCCCGCCCCCAGUCACACCAGCAACAUAAUCGGGGAAGGAAUUAUCGCCGCAAUCCUACCUGGGGAUUGGGCUCGGGAUAUCACGCUGUCGACAAGGCGAGAUACGUUCACGCAAACUACCGAUUCAUCGUCGAUCCGCGCGGUGACUAUCGAGCCCAAAGUGUCGACGCAGACGUUCACCUGGAAUGGGAUCAGGUCUUACAAAUACUAGCAUCCUCCGAGUCCCAGGACGCUUCAUGCCCCAUUUGCUUGGGGACGCCGGUGGCACCGAGGAUGGCAAGGUGUGGCCACAUAUUUUGCUUGCCCUGCCUCAUUCGCUACAUGCACUCGGAGGACGAAGGAAAACCCCCGGAGAAAAGGGCACGAUCGAAGAAGUGCCCCCUGUGCUUCGAUACCAUCUACAUCUCAGAAACGAGGCCAGUGCGAUGGUACAUCGGACAAGAAGGGCCUCCUCCUCGUGAGGGUGGAGAUGUUGUCCUUCGGCUAGUGAUGCGGUCAGCUGGAAGUACGCUGGCUAUGCCGAGGGACGGGGCCGACGCUCUGGGGAUGGACGAGGACAUCCCAUGGCAUUACGCCGCGGAGGUCAUGGACUAUGCCAGAGUCAUGAGGGGAGGCGAGGACUACAUGCUUUCCCAAUAUGACGCUGAGAUAGUCUUCCUCGAGCAACAGGAGAAAGAAGAUGAGCUGAUGUUCGGCGAAGACAAUGUACAAUGGAUGCGGAAGGCUGUGCGUGCCAUUCGUGAUGCAAAAGAGAAACUGAAGGGAAUGGGCAACCCACCGGAAAUACCGAUCAAGCCGGCAGAACCAAAGCCAAAGAGGGCACCGAUUGUAUUGAACGAGAGUCAGGCCGACACUCCGGACCUGUACUCACUCCAAAACUCCACUAGGCCAGGCCAAAGCCUAAACAGCACCCCUCAGAUGCAGACAUCAGCACCAGAGACUUGCCUGCUUCCGGCUGCAGCAACCGAUCCAGAACCUACUGACCAUGCCCCACACAGCAGGAAAUUGUCCAUCUCGUCCCAUUCGUCGCGAGCUAGUCAUGGGAUCGGCUCUACACUGGCUGAAAUUCGCAAUCGCCAACACCACGAUCAUCAACAUACUCCGUCCGAGUACUUUUUCUAUCAAGCGCUAUUACAUUACUAUCUUUCGCCGUUGGAUAUACGGAUUCUGAAAUCUGCAUUUGGCAAUUUUGCCGCCUUCCCUUCCACCAUAUUGCCACGCGUGGAGCGUGUUUCUACUGGCCAUGUAGUUGAUGAUGAUCUGCGCAAGCGUACCAAAUAUCUGGCACAUCUACCCUAUGGGUGCGAAGUGAGCUUUUUAGAAUGCGACUGGACCGAUACUGUUGCACCUGAGAUACUAGAGCGAUUCAAGCCAGAGAUUGAGAAGAGACGACAGAGAAAUAUGGACAAGGAAACAAGAGAAGAGAAGGCGCGUAUUCGAGCGGAGAAAGCAGAAUAUGCAGAAUUUGCAUCGCAGAGAAGGAAGCGACCUAGCAUAUCUGAGCGCUUUACAGCAGACGAUUUCUUGCCAUUAGCAUCAGGAAGUAUGCAAGAUGAUGCAGCAGAAGCAGUAGCCCAGGCUGAAGCUGAGGAUGAAGCUGUCUCGGCUUCAACAUCUCCGCCAUGGCCCCCCCGUAGGGGCCAGGGUUUCGCUUCCCUGGCAUCACCAUCUACCAGUCCUUCAGCGCCGCGUACUGUAUGGGGCACGGCAGCUGUUGCAUCGUCAGGCUCUCCGACUGUAGGCCCACAAGAUCAUGGAGUCCCAGACGACGGAUGGCUCCAGGGCUGGGAGAAGGAUCUCUUGCAGGAAGAAGACAUGAUUGCGCAGGCACAAGCAAUGUCUCUGGAGGAAGGAGAACCCGCCAAGAAAGCACCAGGCGGAGGGAGGAAGAAGAAAGGAAAGAAAAUCACACUGAUGAGCACAAAUGUUAGAAGAGGCGCAUAGCAAGGCUUGCUUAUAUAAUCCGCUUUAUGAGUUGUACAUGGCAGAUGGAUCAAUUAUACUUGCUCAG